CGUACAUCAUGAAAGGCGGCAAGCCUUCAGUUUCUUCCGGUGGAGGCAAUGGAGGUGGUGGAGGCGGUGGAGACAGUGGGAUCAGUGGGAUCAGCACCUGUGGAGAACGCUGUAGUGAGAGGACCAGGCUGCUGCUAGCCAUCGGUGCAGCCGUUGUGGUCGGCUUCGCAUUUUAUGCAUACUGCAGGAAAAGAAGGUCACGACGUCGUAGCGGACAUUACUGAAGCGUGCUUGCUGAGUAACUGUAGUUUUUACUGAGAGCCGUACAGAGCAAUGUUCUGUGUUUUGUUUCGUUUCUUUGUGUGAACUGCUAUGAUUAGGCUUCGAUGUCCAUGAUUUGAAUGAUAAUAAAGAGUUCGCCA